AUGAAAUUUGAAAAUCUAUUUCAGUUUAUUAAUUAAAAAGAUAUUUGGCAUAUUAAAGAUCUUUUACUAAUAUUUAACUAAAAUAUUAGUUUUAAUUCUUUUGCUGAUGACUUAGGCAAAUCAAUCGCUAAAUACGAAGAAUUGAUCAGUUUGACUUAUUAACAAAGUAUCUGCCAAAUAAAUGCAGAAUAAGCAUCACUAAUUGGUAAUGGAUUUUUAGGUUGUAAAAAUCUUUAAUAUCUAUCUUUGAAUCUGAGUACAAAUAAGAUUUAAGAUAAUGGAGCAACUAAGCUAUUUGAAUGCUUCUCUGAAUGUUGCUAACUUUUCACUUUAGAUAUUAAUUUUAGCUAUAACGGUAUAACAAAAUAAGGAGCUAUUGGGAUGGGAAAGGCUUUAAAAAAAUGCCAAAAUCUUUCUAUUUUUCAUUUUAAGUUGAUAUCAAACAAAAUCAAAGAUGAUGGAUUAAACGAGCUUGCUAUGGGAAUAGCGAGUUGCUAAAAUCUCAAAAUUAUAUCACUUUAUUUAAAUGAUAAUCAGAUAGGAGACUUAGGGGUUUAAUGUUUAGGCAAAGAGUUAGAAAAAAAUAUUAAUCUCAACUAGCUUACACUUGGAUUUAAUUAUAACCUUAUCACAAAUUUUGCUCUUUUUGGCUAAGUUGGAUCUCUGUUCUCCCUAAGCAUUAAAGCUAUAACAAUUGAAUUAUGUUAAAAUAAAUUAGAUUAAUAAGGAGCAAUAAAUAUAGCAACUUCUCUUGUUUAAUUUUCUAACCUUACUGAUUUAACACUUGACUUAAGUUUGAAUAAUAUAGGAGAUGAAACAAUCAAUAAUUUAGCUAAUUAAUUAGUUUAAUGUGCUGAUCUUUUUAAAUUUUAGCUAAAUUUAAAUUAAACAAAUAUUAGUGAUUUAGGCAUUUAGAAUCUAUGCAAUUCUCUUAUCAUACUAAAAAAUUUAAGAAUACUUAAUAUUGGUUUGAUUGAUACUAAUAUCAGUGAUUAAAGUAUUACUAAUUUGAGCUAUACUGUUCAUAAAUGUGCUAACCUGUAGAUCUUUUCUUUUGAAAUUGGAUGGCUCAAACUAAGCUCCUAAAUCAAAAAUAGAUUUCUAAAGAAAUUGAAGAAAGCAAGCAAACUUAUUGAUUACAAAAUAAAUAAUUGGAAAAUUAGAUGA